GUAGUAGGCUGCCUGGGGGAAAUGGUAACAUGUUCUUAACAAAAAAUGUUCUGGCGUUCGGCGCAAACUUUACUCAGUAUAGUAGAGGGAUGGCAACUUUAAAAGAAAUUGCUCUUCGAUUAAAGUCUGUCAAGUCUAUACAAAAAAUUACCAAGUCUAUGAAAAUGGUGUCUGCCGCCAAGUAUUCUAGAGCAGAAAGAGAAUUGAGAAACGGAAAAGGUUUUGUGCAAAGCAUUCAAGCGCUAACUUUUCAAGCUGAUUUACAAGUUGAUUCUCAUAAUAAAAGAAAAUUAAUUAUUGCACUUUCUUCCGAUCGCGGUCUCUGCGGUGGGAUCCAUUCUUCCAUCACUAAAGUUGUUAAGCCACUUCUAGAGGCUGAUAAGGAAGCUCAACUUGUUGUUAUUGGGGAAAAAGUUCGCUCUCAGCUUCAAAGAUCAUAUGGCGAUCGCCUUUUCUUCUCAAUAAGCGAUUAUGGAAAACGACCGCCUUCUUUUCUGGAAGCGUCUGCAAUUGCAACUAAAAUACUUAAUAGUUCCUGUGAAUUUUCUGUCGGAAAUAUCAUCUUCAGCAAAUUUAUAUCAGCCCUGUCCUACCAGCCUGCCUCCUCUCCGAUUUACUCCCACACUGCAAUGAGCGAGACGGAAAAGCUGAUCGGAUAUCAGUGCGAAGAAGACACUCUGCAGGCGUACCAGGAGUUUCACAUGGCCUUGUCCCUUUACCACGCUAUGGUUGAAAGUUCCGCUAGCGAGCAGUCGGCUCGGAUGAACGCUAUGGAUAAUGCCACUAAAAAUGCGGGAGAAAUGAUAAAUAAGCUGUCCUUGUCCUACAACCGCACCCGCCAAGCUGUAAUCACAAACGAACUAAUUGAGAUUAUUUCGGGUGCAGCCGCUGUCUAAUAAACUUUAUUUGCUUCUCCUCUC